AUGAUAGCGAUGACGUUAGCAGCAAGUUACGGCGCUUGCGCAAGGCGACACGGAGGUAUUGACUACAGAACAAUUACUGCGCUUGGCCCUCCGAAGGUGACGACGGACGAACAAGCUGCUGCUUUUACGAAAUCCUUUUCAAAUCUUGUGUUGCUUUCUCUUGUAUAUUACACGCAUUUGCCUGCAAUAUCUUAAUCCCUACUUUUCUCUCCCAGUUGGGAAAAAGCCGGUUUCUGGUCGCUGGAAAUUUGUAGUGAUCGCUUUCUUAUGUGAGGAAUUUCAAUGAAUGAGUUCUUUCUUGGAAAUGCGUGAAACAAAAGGAAACUUCCCUUGUAGCUGAAAAGUUCAACUUGCCUCGUUGGAUGAUCCGCCGACAUACUUUGUUUGUUCCGCCAUUCUUUCUUGUUGACUGGCUUGUUGGGUUUAGAUCACCGAACUUUUGGAUUUGAGUUUAUUGUUUUUUGGGAUGUUACUUUUUGCACGUUGACAGCCCUUAUAACCCUUUAAUAACCCAAUUGGAAUUGUUGAAUAUUCCUGAACCUGAUUCUUCUUAUCUUAUUCUGUAUUUUCCUUGUGAUGCGAUUGAAAGGGAUUGUUUGUUUUAGUUAGAACUCGGGAGACCUACUGCCAAUUGUGAUAUUCUUCUGAUGUUCUUGAGAUUUAUGGAUGCUUUCAUGUGAAAUUGGUUUUAAGAGGCUGCAGCUUGGAUGAUAAUUACCAGCAAGACUUCAGGGUAUUCUAGAUUGUUAGCUAAUAUCUCUCAGCAUUUUUCAUCUUAACAUUGGGCUUUUAAAAUGUCAUUUGGAACGAAGAUGGUUGGAACUAAUGGAGAUUUGAGCGAGAAUACGCAUCCAAAUGGUUCUCUUAAAAAUGGAAAUGGGGGUUUGGAAGAGAGGGUCGAUGAGCUUCGUCGGCUUAUGGGCAAAGUGGAGGGUGAUCCCUUGAGAAUUGUAGGAGUUGGAGCUGGUGCUUGGGGUAGUGUAUUUACUGCUUUAUUGCAGGAGGCUUAUGGGAGUUUAAGAGAUAAGGUUCACAUAAGGAUAUGGAGAAGACCGGGGAGAACUGUUGACAGAGCAACUGCUGAGCACUUGUUUGAGGUGAUUAAUUCAAGGGAGGAUGUAUUGAGGAGGCUAAUUAGGCGGUGUGCAUAUUUGAAAUAUGUUGAGGCAAGAUUAGGUGAUCGAACACUUUAUGCGGAUGAGAUUUUGAAAGAUGGGUUUUGCUUGAAUAUGAUUGAUACCCCUUUAUGUCCUCUGAAGGUUGUGACGAACUUGCAGGAGGCUGUAUGGGAUGCUGAUAUUGUGAUCAAUGGUUUACCAUCAACAGAGACCCGUGAGGUAUUUGAAGAAAUUAGUAAGUACUGGAAAGAGAGGAUCACAGUUCCUGUCAUCAUUUCCUUGGCAAAAGGUGUAGAGGCUGAAUUGGGUCUUGAGCCACGAAUAAUAACUCCCACUCUGAUGAUUAAUCGGGCAACUGGAGUGACCAUGGAGAACAUUCUUUAUCUUGGAGGACCUAACAUUGCUUCAGAGAUUUACAACAAGGAAUAUGCAAAUGCUCGAAUAUGUGGAGCAGAAAAAUGGCGGAAACCAUUGGCAAAGUUUUUGAGGCAGCCCCACUUUAUUGUGUGGGAUAAUGGCGAUCUUGUUACUCAUGAAGUUAUGGGUGGACUGAAGAAUGUCUAUGCUAUUGGAGCAGGAAUGGUAGCUGCUCUAACAAAGGAAAGUGCCACCAGUAAAUCAGUGUACUUUGCACACUGUACAUCAGAGAUGAUUUUUAUCACACAUCUGUUGGCGGAAGAACCAGAGAAACUUGCAGGACCUCUGUUGGCUGAUACUUAUGUAACCUUGUUGAAAGGUCGUAAUGCUUGGUAUGGACAAAAGCUGGCCGAGGGGGAAUUGAGCCUUGAAAUGGGUGAUAGCAUCAAGGGCAAGGGGAUGAUUCAGGGAGUAUCUGCAGUCAAAGCAUUUUAUGAAUUACUUAGUCAGUCCUGCUUAAAUGUCCUAAAUCCUGAAGAAAACAAGCUUGUUGCCCCAGUGGAGCUUUGCCCCAUCUUGAAGAUGUUACAUAAAAUACUCAUAAUAAGGGAAUCUUCUCCACGGGCCAUUCUUGACGCACUAAGAGAUGAGACCAUGAAUGAUCCACGUGACCGUAUCGAGAUUGCUCAAAGCCAUGUCUUUUACAGGCCUUCUCUCCUUGGCCAACAGCCUUGAAUCGUAAUCUGUGUGUGGGGGUUUUUUGUUUGGCUUAUGGUUUUGAGUUUUGACAUCUUUUCAUAGGUUUUCAAAUGUUAAAAAUGAGUGUUCUUUGAAGUUGGAACCUUUCCUGCAAUAGAGGUAAUCCCAAGUGAUGGACAAAUCUCCUGUUUGAAUGAAUAUAGAAGGAACUAUUCUUAUCAUGGUCAUCAGGACUGAUACUUUUUUUAGACUAGCUUAGAAUGCUACUGUGAUUUUGAUUUGAUGUCUCUUGGUUCAUUUUAGUCAAAAUUAUUGGCUAAACUACAUGGUAGAGCAGGUGUAUGAAACCCUUUAUAACCAGUUGCAUUGUUUCAUUACUUGUGAACAAUAUAACUUCCUAUAGAUAUAUUAGGUGUGUGUGUGUGUGUGUGUGUGUGUGUAUGGACAUCUUUUUUGUCUGGAUAUUAAUAACAUUGAUAUAUAAUGUAAAAAUUCAAACAAUUUAAACUAUUUGUAAGCUGUAA